AUGACUAACCUUCCAAUCAUUGUCUUACCGAUGUUAAACGCAAUGAUGUUACGCCGAUACAUCAGAGAGGUAAAUCCUGGCCUCCUCGUACCUCAACUACUACUCACCUUCAACGGUUUGGCUUCCACUUACUAUCAUGCGACACUAAACUUAUUCGGUCAACUGGUCGACGAACUUUCGCUGGUAUGGAUUAUCAAUAUGUUCCUCGUCGUCUAUAUUCCCGUCAUGAAAUGGUUCCCGAGGAAGUUCAGCGAAAGG